GCAUUUUGCCUGCCUUUCCUCCAAAUACAUGUGCCCGGGUGUGCCAGCAGUGAUGAGUACCCUACUAGCCAACAUCAACGCCUACUAUGCCCACACCACAGCUUCUACCAAUGUCUCAGCCUCUGACCGCUUUGCUGCUUCCAAUUUCGGGAAGGAGCGGUUUGUCAAACUCCUCGACCAGCUGCACAACUCGCUGCGGAUCGACCUCUCCAUGUACAGGAACAACUUCCCUGCCAGCAGUCCUGAACGGCUUCAGGAUCUCAAGUCCACGGUGGAUUUGCUGACCAGCAUCACUUUCUUUCGGAUGAAGGUCCAGGAGCUGCAGAGCCCCCCACGAGCCAGCCAGGUGGUCAAGGACUGUGUGAAAGCCUGCCUCAACUCCACCUAUGAGUACAUCUUCAACAACUGUCAUGAGCUGUACAGUCGCGAGUACCAGACAGACCCGACUAAGAAAGGCGAGGUGCCCCCCGAGGAGCAGGGCCCCAGCAUCAAAAACCUGGACUUCUGGUCCAAGCUCAUCACCCUGAUAGUCUCCAUUAUUGAGGAAGACAAGAAUUCCUACACGCCCUGCCUGAACCAGUUCCCCCAGGAACUGAACGUGGGGAAGAUCAGCGCUGAGGUGAUGUGGAACCUCUUUGCUCAAGAUAUGAAGUAUGCGAUGGAGGAGCAUGACAAGCACCGCCUGUGCAAGAGUGCGGACUACAUGAACCUGCACUUCAAGGUGAAGUGGCUGUACAACGAGUAUGUCACUGAGUUGCCCUCCUUCAAGAGCCGCGUGCCUGAGUACCCUGCCUGGUUUGAGCCCUUCGUUAUCCAGUGGCUGGAUGAGAAUGAAGAGGUGUCCCGAGAUUUCCUGCAUGGAGCACUGGAGCGGGACAAGAAGGAUGGGUUCCAGCAGACGUCAGAGCAUGCACUCUUCUCUUGCUCUGUGGUGGAUGUCUUCUCCCAGCUCAACCAGAGCUUUGAGAUCAUCAAGAAGCUCGAGUGCCCUGACCCGCAGAUUGUUGGGCACUACAUGCGAAGAUUUGCCAAGACCAUCAGCAAUGUGCUACUCCAGUAUGCUGAGAUAAUCUCCAAGGAUUUUGCCUCGUACUGCUCCAAGGAGAAGGAAAAAGUGCCCUGCAUCCUGAUGAACAACAUCCAGCAGCUCCGUGUCCAGCUUGAGAAGAUGUUUGAAGCCAUGGGUGGGAAGGAGCUGGACACAGAAGCCAGUGAUAUACUCAAGGAACUGCAGGUGAAACUCAACAAUGUCCUGGAUGAGCUGAGCCGAGUCUUUGCCACCAGUUUCCAGCCUCACAUUGAGGAGUGCGUGAAGCAGAUGGGUGACAUCCUGGGCCAGGUGAAGGGCACCGGCAACGUCCCCGCCAGCACCUGUAGUAGUGUUGCGCAAGAUGCUGACAAUGUCCUGCAGCCUAUCAUGGACCUUCUGGACAGCAACCUGACACUCUUUGCCAAGAUCUGCGAGAAGACAGUACUGAAGCGAGUACUGAAGGAACUCUGGAAGCUGGUGAUGAAUACGAUGGAGAAGACUAUCGUCCUGCCCCCACUCACUGACCAGACGAUGAUUGGCACGCUCUUGAGAAAACAUGGCAAGGGGACAGAGAAGAGCAGGGUGAAGCUGCCCAGUCACACUGAAGGCACGCAGAUGAUUUUCAACGCAGCCAAGGAGCUGGGGCAGCUCUCCAAGCUGAAGGACCACAUGGUGCGAGAGGAAGCCAAGAGCCUGACCCCAAAGCAAUGUGCAGUGGUGGAGCUGGCGCUCGACACGAUCAAGCAAUACUUCCAUGCUGGGGGACUGAAGAAGACAUUUCUGGAGAAGAGCCCUGACCUGCAGUCACUGCGCUACGCCCUGUCCCUCUACACUCAGGCCACUGACCUCCUCAUCAAAACCUUUGUGCAGACCCAGGCUUCGCAAGUUCAUGGUGGGAAAGGUAUUAGGUUUACCCUUAGUGAAGAAAUUUAUCCUGAGAAGGGCUCUGGUGUGGAUGACCCUGUUGGGGAGGUGUCCAUCCAUGUGGAGCUCUUUACCCACCCCGGCACUGGUGAAAACAAAGUCACUGUCAAAGUGGUGGCUGCGAAUGACCUCAAGUGGCAGACAUCGGGCAUCUUCCGGCCCUUCAUCGAGGUCAACAUCAUUGGGCCCCACCUCAGUGACAAGAAGAGGAAAUUUGCCACCAAAUCAAAGAAUAACAGCUGGGCUCCCAAGUACAAUGAGAGCUUCCAGUUCACGCUGGGGACGGAGACAGGCCCCGAGUGCUAUGAGUUGCAGGUGUGUGUGAAGGAUUACUGCUUUGCCCGGGAGGAUCGGACAGUGGGCAUUGCUGUCCUGCAGCUCCGUGAUAUCCUGCAGCGACCUGGCUGCGCCUGCUGGCUGCCCCUGGGCCGCCGCAUCCACAUGGAUGACACUGGCCUCACCGUCCUCCGCAUCCUCUCCCAACGCAACAAUGAUGAGGUGGCCAAGGAGUUCGUCAAGCUCAAGUCGGACACACGCUCGGCUGAGGAGGGCAGCAGUUAA